CACCGAAAGCAGCUGGAGGUGCCCACGUGGGUGGAAAGCGGACCGGCGGGCUGGUGGCGCCUGCGCGGAACAGCGGCCUGGAGGCGAGCCCACCUUGGGCAGGCUCCUCUGUCUCUCCGGCAGGAGCUGAGAACCACCUAUCAAGAAGAUGCAGCCCUUGCAGUGCAUUCUGGGAAGUGCCAAGUUGCUGCGCCGGAGGCCUGCGUGCUGGACUUUGCGAUCGGCACUCCGAGCUUGGGGUUCUGCUUGCAGUCUGGAUUCUGGGACACACCCAAGGGAAGCGAAGGACACAGGAGGAGGCUUAGAAGCUUUUCGUGCCAAGUUAGCAACUGGACCGACAGUGCAGCAUUUCCUACAAGGUGCUGUCCCUGCACAGGGAAGUCGCCAUUUGCCGGAUGAUGCAGAGGAGGGCUUGGAUCACUACCUGGGCUCCAGUGCCCUGGCUGAGGAGCCGAGGAAAGUGUACCUGGAGACUUAUGGCUGUCAGAUGAACGUCAACGAUACGGAGAUCGCCUGGUCUAUCCUUCAGAAGAGUGGCUAUCUCAGGACCAGCAGACUGGAGGAGGCGGAUGUGAUUCUGCUGGUCACGUGCUCCAUCAGGGAGAAGGCUGAGCGGACCAUCUGGAGCCGCCUGCGACAGCUCAGAGCUCUGAAAUCCAAGCGGCCUUCCUCACGGGCCCCUCUCCGCAUCGGGAUUUUGGGCUGCAUGGCAGAGAGGCUGAAGGAGAAGAUCCUGGACCAGGAGAAGAUGGUGGAUGUUGUGGCAGGCCCGGAUGCUUACCGCGACCUUCCCCGGCUCCUGGCAGUGGCCGAAACCGGCCAGCAAGCUGCCAAUGUCCUGCUGUCCCUGGAUGAAACCUAUGCAGAUGUUUUGCCGGUCCAGACCAGCACCAACUCCACAUCAGCAUUUGUGUCCAUCAUGCGUGGCUGUGAUAACAUGUGCAGCUAUUGCAUUGUGCCGUUCACCCGCGGACGUGAGCGGAGUCGGCCCGUUGCCUCUAUCCUCCAGGAGGUACAGAUGCUAUCAGAUCAGGGUGUGAAGGAGGUGACCCUCUUGGGGCAGAAUGUCAACAGCUACCGAGACACCUCUGAAGUCCAGUUCUCCCCUCGGCCGAUGCCUUGCCGCGCCUGAGCAGCGGCUUCCAGCACCCAGCUCCUAGCAAACCCAAGCCAGGGUGGUUGCCUGCGGCUGCGACCCCUCUUGGACCGGGUGUCCUUGGUCGACCCUGAAAUGAGGAUCCGCUUCACUUCCCCGCACCCCAAAGACUUCCCAGAUGAGGUCUUCCAUCUUAUGCGGGAAAGGCUGAACCUGUGCAAGCAAAUCCACCUCCCAGCUCAGAGUGGCAGCACAGGCGUCCUGGAGGCCAUGCGGAGGGGGUACUCCCGAGAGGCGUACCUGGAGUUAGUGCACCACAUCCGAGACUGCCUGCCAGGGGUCAGCCUCAGCAGCGACUUCAUUGCCGGCUUCUCCGGGGAGACGGAAGACGACCACCAGCAGACAGUCUCCCUCCUGCGCCAGGUGCGCUACAAUGGAGCCUUCAUCUUUGCCUACAGCAUGCGGCAGAAAACCCGGGCGUUCCACCGGCUGCAGGACGACGUGCCACAGGAAGUGAAGCUGCAGCGGGUGAAGGAACUGAUGGCCGUGUUCCGGGAGGAGGCUGCCCAGGCCAACGCGGCGGCUGCUGUGGGUCGUGCCCAAGUGGUCCUAGUGGAGGGGCCCAGCCGGCGGUCCCCUUUGGAUCUGUGCGGCAGGAAUGACGGCAACAUCAAGGUGAUCUUCCCUGACGUAGAGAUGGACGACGGCUCUGGGCUUGGAGCUACAGUGAAGGCUAAGCCGGGCGACUACGUCUUGGUGAAGAUCUCCUCUGCGAGCUCCCAGACGCUGAAGGGCCUCCCCCUCCGUCGAACCAGCCUGAGAGAAUCCGCAGCUUUUUGCUGAGGCUGAGCUGAAGCCGGUCCGGAGGGAACAAAGAACGCCGGGGUGUGGAGGCCAGCCAGAACUUCCUGGGCCCCUGAAGCACCUACUGCUGAGCAUCUACUGCCAGUGCAGCUCCGCUCUGCUGUCUUGUGGGUCGGUCGUCUCGUAGCCUUCAGCACCUCCUGCCUGGCCACUUCAUUGUUUACUGCAGGUUUAAUAAUGUGCACUAUUCAGACUGAUGCAGCCUGGUUGUGGGUCACCAGGGGCUACUUGGAGGCAGCAGAAAAAGGGGGAGAGACCUGAGGAAAAGGGGUAGACAGGAAGUACUUCAUUGGGCCAGGAAGUAAUUCACUGGCUGUUUGUGAAAGGCAAUACUAAGUCUAUUUAAGUGGAGUUACACCCUUCCAAGUUCACUGACUUUAGUGGACUUACAAGCACGUAAUUCUGCUUAGAAUUCUACUGCUCAUGUCCUGCUCCUUCGUUCCUGGUUCUUUCCUUCUUUAGCUUUCUUACAGUAGCCUGAAUAUUGUGCCCCUUCCUGUUUGCGGUUUGAACCCCUGGAUGCUUUUCCAUUGAUUUAACGGAGCGCAAGCUCUUGUCGGAGGAUUGGGGCCACACAGAACCUGAACAAUGGUCCCCACAGAGCAUCUUUGCCCGGGCAUGUAGUACUUCUCUGUCUAGCCGGGAGGAUGUUGGGUACAGUGUGUGUAGACAGAAAGAGGAGCAACUAAUAAACUGAGUAUUUGGGUGA